CAUCUAAGCUCACCUGUGUCCUAACUAUGAAACUUUUGAAGAUGAAUUUGUUUACUUCUUCGUUUGAAUAAAAUAUUUGCAGAAAUUAAUUUGACGUGUUGACAUUUUUGUAUGUCUGCGUAAUAGCCAGAUAAUUAAGGUGGUGAGCACUCAGAUUUUAAUAUGUUAAUAUAUAGUAAAUACCAAAGUCUAGGAGACUUCAGCUUCGAUUUUAAGAAGCGGCAUUGGCCAUUGCAGACGCAACAGAUCUCUAGGAAUUUAAGGGUGUCCCAGAAAUGGAUACUAUUGGUGGUGCAGCUACUGUUCCGCGAUCCAUUAGACACGAAGAUUGUUUCAGUGAUCAAAAGACCACCAUGAAGGUAGGAAUUAGAGGAGAAUUAUUGCAAGAUCAUGGUGUGAAGCCAUCUUCAUCCAACAAUGAAGAUUCAAGCAACAACAAAGAGAUGUUUCAGGAGAAUGUACAUAAGUCUGCCAAAGCCGAAAUGGGUGAACUAAGGGAAGAAAAUGAAAGACUAAAGAAGAUGCUGCAGCAAGUGGAGAAAGAUUACCAGUCUCUCAAAUUGCGCUUCUUCGACAUUGUACGCCGAGAAACAAGCAAGAAAUAUGAAUAUUCAUUUCCAUCCAGUGAUGAAACUGAAGAACCUGAGCUUGUGUCACUUUGCCUUGGAAGAAUUCCAAGCAAGCCUAAAAAAGAUGAUAAGGCUAGCAAUUCUAGCAAAAGUAGUAGAGACAAUGAAGACUUGAAGGCUGGCCUGACUCUUGGUUUAGACUCCAAAUUUCAGAUGUCUACCGAACUUGUGUCGAAUCCAAGCCGUGAGAAUGGUUUGGAGGAUGUAGCCGAGGAAGAUGAAGCAGGAGAGACAAGGCUGCCGCUUAAGAUCCUAAAGAGAAAUAUUGAUGAUGAGGUUGCACAACAAACCAAUGUGAAAACAGCUCGCAUUUGUGUCAGAGCUAGAUGUGACACCCCAACGAUGAAUGAUGGAUGCCAAUGGAGGAAAUAUGGCCAAAAGAUUGCAAAAGGAAAUCCAUGCCCUCGAGCAUACUAUCGUUGCACAGUUGCACCAGCAUGCCCAGUAAGGAAACAGGUGCAAAGAAGUGCUGAGGACAUGUCCAUCUUGAUUACUACCUAUGAAGGAACUCACAACCACCCACUUCCUGUUUCAGCCACAUCCAUGGCUUCAACAACCUCAGCAGCAGCUUCCAUGUUAUUAUCAGGAUCUUCAGCCUCACAACCUGGCGUUGGCUUCCAUGUUUCUGCAACACAACUCAAUGGAUUAAGCUUCAGUCUCUAUGACAGUUCCAGAACAAAACAAUUUUACUUAGCAAAUAGCCCUUCAUCUCCUUUGUUGCCAACAAUUACUUUAGACCUUACAACCCCACCAUCCACUUCAUCUGCUACUACUCCUUUCAAUAGGUUCUCUUCAAGCUUCACUUCAACCUCAACAUUUCCUUCAACAAGUCUUAACUUUUCUUCGACAGCAGUUUCAAGUAAUGGAUACCAAAAUAGUUAUGGUACUACACUGAGCAAUCUUGGGUCAGCCUUGGGUCUAGGAAAACAACAUCAAGAACAAGUAAUGUAUCAGCCUUACAUGGAAAAUAACCACCACCAGCAGGCUGCUUCUCAGCAAGCAUUGACAGAAUCAUUAACCAAGGUAAUAACAUCAGAUCCAAGUUUCAAAACUGUAAUAGCUGCAGCUAUUUCAUCGAUGAUGGCAGGCAAUGGUAGUGCAAGUGCAAGUUCAAGCUAAGGAAACCAAAGGGCUGCAGAGAAUUUUGGCUAGAAUUUGAACUUAGGAGAGGCUAAUAACGAGGCUAUUUCUACUAACUCAUUAAACCUGCAGAAUGGAAAAGGAUGUGCACCAAGCUACUUCAAUUGUUUAUCUUCAACUUCCCAGAUAGGAGGUCUGCUUGAACCUCAUGUAUUGCCAUUUUGUGUAUUUAAUAGUGCCUCUUUGCCUACUACUAAUAAUAAUGGUAACAAGGAUCAUAGGAGUUGAUAGGAAGUGCUAAAUAUAAGAAAAUGACAAAAAAAAAAGAGAGAGAUUGAUGGUGCCAUUUUCUUAUCUUCAACAUUGCUUCUUUACCAUUAUGUAUCCUUUUAACAAAGACUUUCAUUAUGUAUACUAACCAGAAUCAACAAAUAAAAGGUCAAACGUGUAUCAGUAA